ACUUUCCGGCGUUGACUGAACUUUCUCGACGUUGACCUCCCAUGUGCAGGUCACGUGACAUUAAUUUUUACUAUUCCCACCCAUUUCUUCUAAUUUCACCCCCUAAUAUACCUCUUAACACGUUUCCCUUUAAUUUUUUUAAUUUUCCCUCAUUUUCUCUCUCUUCUCUUCACAAAGGAGGUCAUUAAUCUUCUUCAACUAACACUCUGCCAUGGCGUCACUUUUUGUUUGCAUGCUUAAUAAAUGAAGAUGCUAAUUGAAUUAAAUUGACACCCACCUUUAACAAAGAACGCAAGGAAGGAGGCGAAGAAGGUAGUAGCUACUUGUUCGAAGAAAGUAAGGGGGACCAAUUACAGAGUCAUAUAUAAACCCAAGUAUGUUUUUUUUCUCAAUUGUUUUUUUGGAAUUACACAAAAUUAAUUUAAAAAUUGUUUAUGUUAGGGUUUGUUGAUUAAUUAAUUGGAGUAUAAUAUUGUUGAUGAAUUAAUUGGAGUAAAAAAUUGUCGUUUUGGGAACCAUAAAGUCAGAAAAUUUGUGUGUUAUGUUUGGUGUGUUAACUAUAUAAUAAUUCCUUUUCUGCAUGUGUGUUGUUGAAUCUGAAUCUGAAUUUGGUAUUGGUAUGCUGUUAAUUGAAUCAGUUUUAACGGUAGAGAUAACGUGUUUAAUCCUUGGUAUAAAUUAAUGGAGGCCAUUGACAUUAGGCUGUACUAUGGUGGGGAUUUUGUAACAAAGAGCAAACAAACAUCAUAUGAAAAGGGGGAAUAUGAUUAUUAUGGGGUUUCACUUCAUCCAAAUGUAGGUGAAGUGUGCUAUUUUAUGUUUGUCUACUGGAUAAAAAAUGAGUUAGGAUAUGCUGAUGUGGGAGUAAUAUGGUUUAGGAAGCAUGGGUGUAGUUUGUUCAAUGGGAGGAAGCAAAUAAAGAGUGAUGUGGAGAUUCCUGAAUUUCUGCAGUCACCAAAAAAGGAUGGGUGGUACCACCUGUACUUGGUCUAAAAAGAAAAAAAAGACUUAUAACACAUUGGCUUAUGAACUAGGGGUGGGGGUGUAUACAGAUUCUGAGACUGAUGUUAGGGAAUCUAGUGACUUGGCUGAGAGUGGGGUCAAGGGUGGUGAGUCAGCAAGCACUUCUAAUAUGGCCCACAAAAACCCUAGAUCUGAAGAAAACACCCUUAUAAUUGUCUCAAGUGAUCCAUCAAACAUAGCCUCCCUCACCAACUUCCCACCUAACUUUCAAAGUAUUCAACCCUCAAACACAAAUUCACUCUCAAAACAGACCUCUUUCAUAAGCAUCAACAACUCUGUUAUAGGGGAUGAAAGGCAGAAGCUGCCAGAAAAAAACCUUACAACAAAAAGAGUUUGAGGAAGUAGAAAAUAGGAAUGCAGCUGGUGUAGUGGAACCUUUAGAUGAUAAUCAUCAAGUGCUUGAAAUUGCUGAUCAUUUUGAGAAACCAAUACAUGAAGAUGAGUUAGUGGAUGGAGAGGACAAAUCUGGCAGUGAGGAUGUUUCUUAUUUAACUGAUGAGGAUUAUGAUGAUAAAGAUGAUGAUGAUGAUUUGUUCCAGAGGUAUGUGGACCUUGACAUAACAGAGAGAGUGUCUAGGAGCUUAGGUGCUGUUACAGUACAUCAUGAUGAUAAGGCAGAAGAUGAGGAUGGUAAUGCAAAUGGUAUAGAGUUGGAAGAUGAUGUGGUGCUUGAUGAUAGUGAUGAUAAGGUAGUCGGCUUGAUAGGAUCAGAUGAUAAGGGUCCUGACUAUCCAGUGUUCAAUCCAGUUACCGAUUUUAGGGGAAACAUUGCUCCGAGUAAAGGGUUGAAGUUCCCCUCCAAUUCAAUAUUUAGGAAAGCUCUUAGAUACCAUGCAAUUGAAAAUGGAUAUGACUACUAUUAUUUGCACAAUAAUAGGAGUAGGGUCACUGUUUUUUGUUGAAAAGGUGUAGUUGUCCUUGGAAAAGGGCUAGGAUUUUAGAGUGCAAGUGUAAAGAUAGGAGAAAGUGCAGAUUCAAGGUUUACUGUUGUAAGUUGAAAGAUGAGGAUACCUGGUAGAUCAAGAGUCUAAGAUUGAGGCACAUAUGCAGCCAUCAAAAUCAUAAUACCAAGUUGUCCUCACAGUAUCUGGCUAAAAGAUAUGUUAAGGAUUGGAGAGAUGAUCCUUCCAUGAAACUUCAAGCUUUUAUCAAGAGAGAAAGGAGAGAGCUUAGACUUGAAAUAGGGUACUAUAUGGCAUACUAUGUUAGAGCUAAGGCAUUUAAGAUGAUAUUUGGAGAUGCAAACUUAGAAUAUAGCAGAGUAUGGGAUUAUGCAGCCACAAUCAUAAAGUAUAACCUAGGAUCUACAACAAAGGUGAAGGUGACAGGGAUUGAGAAUCCACCACCUCUUUUUCAGAGGUUGUACAUUUGCUUACAGGAAUGCAAAGAGGGUUUCAUGGCAGGGUGCAGACCUAUCCUUGGUGUAGAUGGUGCACACUUAAGAGGACCCUAUCCAGGUAUCUUACUCACAGCAGUAGGAAAAGAUGGAAACUAAAACAUCUUUCCUGUUGCCUGGGCAGUAGUUGAUACUGAAAACUCAGAGACUUGGACUUGGUUCUUGGGCUUGUUGAAAGCUGAUCUAGGUUCAUUUGCAAAUUCAAUAACAUGGGUGCAUGAGAAAGAGGAUCUGACUUACAUGUCAGAUAGACAAAAGGGUUUGAUUGAUGCAUUUAAGACAACUAUUCCCAAUGCAGACAUAAGAUACUGUUGCAGACACAUUUGGACCAACUUUAAGGGAAAAUUUCCAGGUGUGGUAUACAAAGAACAUUUCUGGAAGGCUGCAAGGUCAUCAACUGUGCAUCAUUUCAACAUACAUAUGGCAACAAUCAAGGAAUUGAAUGAGGAUGCCUUCAAGUACUUAUCUGAAAUCCCAGCACAACACUGGUCGAGACAUGCUUUUACCUCGGCUAGAAAAUCUGGUAUGCUCCUUAAUAAUUGUUGUGAGAGUUUUAACAAUGUAUUAAGAAAGGCUAGAUCAAAACCUAUUUUGCAAUUAAUGGAAUGGAUUAGGAGGUACGUUAUUCAAAGGUGUUGUGCUAAAAGGGAGGGCUUAAAAAUUUUUGAGGGUGUCAUAAUGCCUAGUGUAGUGAAAAUGGUGCAUAUGGGUCUAAAAGAAGCAAGUGCAAUGAGAAUAAAUCAAGCUUACCUAAAUGAAUUUGAGGUUGAUCAUGAAGAUGACACUUAUGUGGUGAAUUUAGAGAAUAGAACAUGUGUUUGUUACAAGUGGACUCUUAUGGGUAUACCUUGUUGAAAUGCAUUAGCAUGCAUCUAAUUGAGAAGGUUAAACUAUGAGGACUUCAUACACCCUGCAUAUCAUAUCCAAACAUAUGCCAAAACCUAUGCCCCAUCCUUUAGAGCCAUGCCUGGACAGACCCAAUGGGAAUUGACCCCAUACCCAAAACCAUUUCCCCCUCCACAUAGAGUUAUGCCUGGUAGGCCUAACAAGAAAAAGAGAGUGAAGGAACCAGGUGAAGAUCAAGAAAAACAAAAUGUGAAAAGGGCAAAGAAGCAAAACAGGUAUGGCAAAUGUGGUGGUCUUGGUCAUUACAAGACUAAAUGCACCAAUCCAACUAUGCAAAAAGUUCCUAAGGGAAGAGGUAGGAAUGCUGAUGCAUUUCCUAAAGACACGGAUUCUCAGGCUACAACAACCAUCACUCUAACUGCUACUGUUCAUGUCACAACUCCUCAACUGAAAGCUCAUACUGUUGCUUCUGAUGGAACACAAAGAAAGGGGAAGGGUGUGGGAACAGCUGCUGCAUCAAAAAAGGGAAAGGGUGCUGCUAGUGCUACAUCUACAAAAAAGGGGAAAGGUGAUGCUUCUGAUGGUGUUGCAAAACAUAAAACGUCAUCUGUAAAACAACUUGGAUGCAAGAAGAAGAAAGGUGGAACUCAAUCUCCGCAUGAUGGUGCAUCACAGACUUCAGCACUGCAACUGGAUAUCCACCCCUAAAACAGUCUCAGGAACUACCUACACAAAGCAGCAAUCCAUGAUUUGAAGGCCACUUACUCUGUAUUUUGCAAGAUACAAUUAUUUCAGUUUGUUUUUAUGUUGAACUAAGUACUUAUGUGAACCAAGUCCUUGUUUGUAAGGAAAUGCUUAUAUUUGGCACUUAUAAUGUACUGCUUAUUUUGAACAGAUAUGAAGUUGUGUCAGUUUUUCUUA